GGCACGUGACGACGGCGAAGCGCUAUUAGGCCCCGCCCUCCUCACCCACCCCCUCCACGACCCGCGGCGCGUCCUGAGGGGACGGAGCGGGGACGGAGCGGCCCCGGCCCUGCCCGGGGAAGGGGGGAGCUCCCGCCGCCCGGGUGCGCUCUGUGCGCUGCGGACCGGGAGCCGCAGCCGGGGAGGGAGAAAGCGGCGGCGGCGGCGGUGGUAGCGGCUGCGCAGGCGCCCGCCGUGACGCGGCGGGGGGCGGGUCCCGUCCGUGCGGCGCUCCAAGGGCAGCGGGCGAUGGCGGCGGCGGCAGCGGCGCGGGGCGGCCUGCGCGGGGCCCUGGUGCUGCAGCAGCAGCGCUGGAGCUCGGGCUCGGGCGCUGACCAGCUGGGCGAGCUGGGCAAAGGCGCCGGGAAGGGCGGCGGCGGCGGCGGCGCCAUCCGUGAGGCCGGUGGUGCCUUCGGGAAGAAGCAGGCGGCUGAGGAGGAGCGGUACUUCAGGGAGAAAGAGAGGGAACAGCUCUCUGCCCUGCGGAAACACCAUGAGGAGGAGAUCGAUCACCACCAAAAAGAGAUAGAGCGGCUGCAGAAAGAAAUCGAGCGUCAUAAGUAUAAGAUCAAGAAGCUUAAAGACGAUAACUGAGCCGACGCUGAAUGUACAUGGCCAAUGCUGAUUUGUGGUGUAAAACAGCGUUGAAGACUGUAUGCUUUGGCCAAUGUUAUCCAAAUUAUUCCAAUUAUACUGUGGCCUGCAACAAUGUCAAAUAAACUGCUCAGUCUCUCUUCUCUGUUCGGUAACUAUUUA